GCGAUGAUGGACGGGCAGACCGCGGGCAGACCAUAGCCUGGGCCAGCCCGCUUAUCUCCCCGCGAUAAGGUCCAUCUUGAUCCAACGGAAGUCGACGUCAAGCCACCAAUUGAACGACUAAGACGAUCGGUUGUCUUUCUUCCUAUCACCAACGCCCAAGUCGCCGAUAGCGCUUGCCUUUUAUAUCGCCACCAGAUUGGGCUGGCAAUCACCCUUGACUGGUGUUUGGUGACUACCUUGAAAGAAACCGUCGUUGAUGCCUCAGGCGCACUUGCCACAUCGAUUGUCGUUAUGCCCAGGGCAAAACUGCGAACCAAGACCGGCUGCACCACUUGUCGGAAGCGGAAGCUGAAAUGUGACGAGAGUCGACCGCAUUGCCGCCAAUGCUUUCUGGCUCGUCGUCAAUGUGAAUGGCCAGUGGUUAGCGAGCUGUACGAUAGACGAUACCAUUGCCAUACGUCAAGCCGAUAUAAGACCGCUCGCGAACCAGGCGACUCUACCUCCUCCGAAUAUGAUUCUGAAGGAUCAACCCAAGCGUCACCUCUGCAAGCGUCUGCCUUGAUUCUACGCAACCCAAAACAGGAGACAACAAUUUGUUCGGACACGGAGCUGUCCCUCUUUCGCUACUACCUUGACACCUUACUCUCCUUUCUACUGUCCCCAGAAGCGCAUCCUGGCUUCUUCGCCGAGUAUUUACCAUGUGUUGCUAGAUACGCAUUGACUUCACCGAGUGUCAAGUGCGCGGUACUGGCAUGUUGUGCAUCGAACAAAUACCAACUUACCAGAGAUGUCCAAUUUCGCAAGCUCUCUCUCAAGUAUUACUGCCAAGCGGUGCAGGAAGUCAACUCGGCUCUUGCAGAACUCGACAGCACGGGUGGCUGUCCGGAUGACGCACUCUUGACGGCAGUCAUUCACAUGUACAUCAAUGCGCUCUGGGGAUCAGACGUGGCCAAUGAUGCACCCGAGCACGUCAGGGGAGCCGUUCAGCUAAUGAAGCUUCGCUACGCAAAAGCACCUUUGAGCAUGGACAGCCCUUUCAACAGGGUCACGGCAGAAAGCGUCGUGUAUCAAUCCUUCCUGCUCGAAAUGGAGCAUCCCUUUCAGGUCGAUUUUCAGGUGGACAAUGGACUUUUAAUCCGGUCCGGAAAUGCGCUUGAAUCUCUCACUUUCCUGGACGCCUCCCCAUUGGCAAACAAUCCGGUGCUGGGUGUUCCAUUGUCGCUCUAUCGACUGAUCUCAGAAGUGAUGCAAUUAUAUCACUCAUCAAAGCUGGUCGACUUCCAGUUCUUCUCAAGAGUAAGAAGCGAGAUGGAACAUUGGGAGCAUGUGGCGACUCAGAUGGACGAUGAGCGAGGCUCGCAAAGUCCAGUAUCGCCGGAUCCUUGCUUCUCGACUGGAUCAUCGAGCUCACAAAGAAGGACAUGCCAUUGCAGUCAGAUCGUGAUUCUUACAAGCAGGGACAAUGGAUUCCACCAAGAGCGUCGAGUCAGAGUCACUUGCCGCCACCACCCAGAAGAGGUUGGCAACUGAUUCGCGCACUCUCUGUCCUUCAACGACCGGGAACCUAUGAGGACUGGACGCGCUGUCAUCUAGGCUGGUGGCCGGUGUACAUAUUUGGACUUGCUGCUGAUCAAGAGGACGAUAUCUCUUUGAUCAAGGGCGUAUUGCUACGUAUGCGUCAGCGUCUUGGCUAUGGCCUUGUGGAUCGCGCCCUGGCCGUCCUUGAGCAAAUCUGGGAGGAGAGGGGCAGAAGUCAUCAGAACCCAAAGGUUGAAGAGAUUUGGGUAGAUGAUUCGGGGGCCUGUGCUGCUAGCCCGGUUUUGGUUUAUUGAGGUGAAGCGUUUUGCCAUCAAUUCCCUGGGCACAAGGUGCACUCUAUACAAUGGUUAAACCAUCGUACGGGUAUGAGCAGAGUACCAGAUGAACAUAGCCUAAGCUUGUACGCAGUGAACAGAAGUUAAACAGAGCUUCUUUUGAAUUCUCAGCCGCCUUGCACUCGAGGCGUACUCCGUACUGACCAC